GGCCUGAGCGCCCUGCUGCGGGGAACUCUCCUUCCCUGCUGGUGUUUCUCUCCUAGGCGGCAGCCCCCUCCUUCCCACCGGCGCCAUGGCGAUGCAAGCGGCCAAGCGUGCCAACAUCCGGCUGCCUCCAGAAGUCAACCGGAUCCUGUAUAUUAGGAACUUGCCAUAUAAAAUCACAGCGGAGGAAAUGUAUGAUAUUUUUGGGAAAUACGGGCCUAUUCGACAAAUCAGAGUCGGAAACACUCCUGAAACUAGAGGUACAGCCUACGUGGUUUACGAAGACAUCUUUGAUGCCAAAAACGCUUGUGACCACCUGUCAGGAUUCAACGUGUGCAACAGAUACCUUGUUGUUUUGUACUAUAAUGCAAACAGGGCAUUCCAAAAGAUGGACACAAAGAAGAAAGAGGAACAGCUUAAGCUUCUCAAGGAAAAAUACGGAAUUAAUACAGACCCACCAAAAUAAAUUGAUCUUUUCUGAAAACUUCUAA